ACGGGAUGGCCCUUCAAGGCCGGGGGAGAAGCACACGAAGUCAUUCAGCUUAGGAUGUUUGCGUGCUAUUUUAUUGUGGAAUAUCGUGUGUGAGCGGUGUGAAUAACAGAUGAAGUAUAAUUUGUCUUGAAAAAGCCUUGUGGUAAAAUGACCAGUAUCUUUUUUACUAGAACAUGUCACAUCGUCAAACGUUUUGGACAAACAAUUCAGGAAGGUAAAGUGAAAGGAAGACUGACCAGUCUUACAUCGAAAUCAAGAUUGGUAAUAGAUGAAACUUGGAGUGUGGCACACUGUAGACACUUACAAGGUAUCUGCUUCGCCCAUCAGACAUCAAGGAAGCCUGCGGUGCCCCACGAGCAUGCUCAGCUAUCAAAGAUUCAAAUUAUAUCAAUCCGCCACAAGAAAAAGAAAGCUUCAAGCUCUCCUGUUGAGGAUGGAGAUGACUCUGAUGGCUCAGAAGAUGAUGAUGAGCAGGGAAAUGAUUUCAAAGUUCUGAAAGGAAGUGUGAACUCAACACGGAUUGACUCUGUUCUCAAGUUUGCCCUUGGGAUGUCAAGAAACAAAGUUGAAAAUGCUUUCUAUAGCAACAGCAUCUACCUCAACGGUGAAAGGCUGGACAAGAAGAAACACUCUGUGACGAUUGAAGAUGAGGUGGACGUCGUGCGCGGGCUCAACACUCUGAACCCCUCCUUCAUCGACGUGCACCGGGUCGAGGUGCUAGACAUACAACGAUCGCGUACGGAUCCUGACAAACUGGUCAUCAAAGUCAAGCGCUUCAAACGACUCACUAUCGAUAACUACGCGCGCCCCUGGAAACCGCCGGCAUCAGAGUGACGGGGUAGCUGGUAGGCGAUGAUUUGAUUUGUGAUCAGCAAUGAAUUUUGUACAUCUUUCGGCUGAACUCUGGUUUUUGAACGUGUUGUUACUGAGUGCCCAUUGUUGCCAAUUUAUUGUAAGUGAGUGGAUGGUGUAAUAAUACACUGAAAGUUAGU